UUGUCCCUGAGAAGAGAGAAGAUGAUGAGUGAUGCAAGUGACAUGCUUGCUGCGGCUCUGGAGCAGAUGGAUGGCAUUAUAGCAGGUUCGAAGGCGCUGGAGUACUCCAACGGCAUCUUUGACUGCCAGUCCCCCACCUCUCCCUUCAUGGGGGGCCUGCGGGCUCUGCACCUGGUGGAAGACUUGCGGGGCUUGCUGGAGAUGAUGGAAGCGGAUGAGAGGGAGGGGCUGCGCUGCCAGGUCCCAGACUCGACAGCAGAGGCUCUGAUUGAAUGGCUCCAAAGUCAAAUGACUAAUGGACAUAUAUCUGGGAAUGGAGAUCUGUAUCAAGAAAGGCUGGCUCGUCUGGAAAAUGAUAAGGAAUCUCUUGUUCUGCAAGUAAGUGUGCUUACAGACCAGGUGGAAGCCCAAGGAGAAAAGAUUCGGGAUCUAGAGUUCUGUCUAGAGGAGCACAGGGAGAAGCUGAAUGCCACAGAAGAGAUGCUGCAGCAGGAGCUUUUAAGCAGAACAUCCCUUGAAACUCAGAAGCUGGAUCUCAUGGCAGAGAUUUCCACUCUGAAGUUAAAGCUUACAUCUGUAGAGAAGGAUAGAUUGGACUAUGAGGACAGAUUCAGAGACACAGAGGAUUUGAUCCAGGAAAUAAAUGAAUUGCGGUUGAGAGUGGGAGAAAUGGACAAUGAAAGGCUCCAGUAUGAGAAAAAACUGAAAACGACCAAAGAUGAGCUAGCAGCUUUGAAAGACAAACUAGAGCAGAAGGAAGCCGAGGUAAAAAGGUUGCAAGAAAAAUUGGUUUGCAAGCUGAAAGGAGAAGGAAUUGAAAUACUGGACAGAGAUGAAAAUUGUAAAAAGAAGCUCAAAGAUAAAAAUAUAGAAGUACAGAAAAUGAAGAAGGCGGUAGAAUCUCUAAUGGCAGCAAAUGAAGAGAAGGAUCGAAAGAUAGAAGAGCUUCGGCAAUCUCUGAAUAGGUACAAGAAGGUUCAAGACAUGGUGAUAUUGGCUCAAGGUAAAAAAGGGAAGGAAAGUGAUGGUGAAGACUUCUUGAAUUCAGGGUCUGUUUCCACGGUUUUAUUGGACACACCAAGUCUGACUGACCCAGAGAAAAGCCCAUCCCCAACCCCAGUAACAGCAUCUCCAAUCCACGAUGAGUUUAACCUGAAUAUUCAUGAAGAGAAUUCCUUACAGAUCCACACCAGUAUUUUACAGAUUUCAAUCCCUUCUUUUUCAUCCACAUCCAAAAGCUCAGAAACUGUUGCAGAGAAAGUGAAAACACAGCCUAGGCCAGAUCCUGCAAGUGAAAUGAGUGAAGGAAGGUCAACAGGUUCCUGCCCAGAAACUCAGCUGUGUGAUAGUCCAGUAACUACUUCUCUGCAGAAGUCCAGCAGUCUGAGCAGUUUGAGAAAAGAGACAUCUGAAGUGGACAGAGACUCCGCACAGAAGCCAACAGAGGUUAAACCUCCUGUGGAAGGUAAUAAUUUUGCAACCCUCCCUCCAAAGUCUCCUUCUCAUGGUGGCACAGGCGACGAAGAUAGUUUUGGUACCCGUAAAGCCAGAUCUUCGUUUGGACGAGGCUUUUUCAAGAUAAAAAAUAACAAGAGGACCGCGAGUGCCCCCAAUCUGGCUGAAACGGAGAAGGGAUCUGCAGAUCACUUGGAUCUGGCUGGCUUGCCCCCUCGCCCAAAAGAAACGGAUAGUCUACAGAUGACUCCACCUUCUCCAGAUUCCAAGAAAAAGGCCAGAGGGAUCAAGAAGUUAUUUGGAAAACUUAAGAGAAGUCAGUCUACUACCUUCAACCCAGAUGACAUGUCCGAGACGGAGUUCAAAAGAGGAGGGACAAGAGCAACGGCAGGGCCACGACUGGGCUGGUCUCGAGACCUGGGGCAGUCUCACAAUGAGCUGGACAUGCCAUUCGCAAAGUGGACGAAAGAGCAGGUUUGCAACUGGCUCCAGGACCAAGGGCUAGGCUCUUACAUUAGUAAUGGCAAACACUGGAUACUGUCUGGGCAAACGCUUCUGCAGGCUUCUCAGCAGGAUCUGGAAAAGGAGCUUGGGAUAAAGCACCCACUGCAUCGGAAGAAGCUUCAGCUUGCUCUGCAGGCACUUGGGUCUGAAGAGGAAAACAAUCAUGGAAAACUGGAUUACCACUGGGUUACCAGGUGGCUGGAUGAUAUUGGCCUCCCCCAGUAUAAGACCCAGUUUGACGAAGGAAAGGUGGAUGGCCGAAUGCUCCAUUACAUGAGCGUG